AUGACGCCCGAGAGCAACGGGCCCGAGGUCGACCACUAUUCGACGUGGCAUCGCCCUCUGGGCCGCCCUGAUCGCGUCCCGCAAUACCCGAAGCCUCCCCACUUCAAUCUCGCCUUUUACCAGAGAGUCACAGAGGCACUGCGCUUGGAGCAGAUGCGCCAAGAGCGUCGAUUCGACCUCUAUGGUGCCGUUGCUGCUGAAUCGCGCACCUCCCAUACGCCAGAAGAAGUGCGUGUCACAGCCAACGCUGGGAGCCGCGCGUGGCUGUGCAGAACCACCGAGGUCUACUCGCCGAGCACGGAGAGCACCCUGGACCCGGAUGAAGAGCUCGAGGUGCAUGGGGCGGGGAUGAAGCGCAAGCGUGGACCGCAAAGCUCCAGCCCACACACCCUGGCAGCGCCGCUGGUGUCGGGCGCGGGCUGCGAACCUCGCCAGCCAGUCCAGACACCUAACCAGGAAAGCGAAGACCGGAACCCAAGGGGGGUCGACAACGCCAUCCACGAGGCCAGCACCGGGGUUGCGCCCUGCCAGAACCCACAGACCACUGAUGGUGCCGGACCUGCGACACCGCGUGGAUGA